AUGGGCAUCGCAUCGCCGUCGCAUCUCGCUCGCCGUUGUGUGACUUGACCUCUCUCUCGAUCUGCUCGUGUUCGGCCUCUGAAUCUCCGAGAGGAUGUCGUGCUGCGGAGGCAACUGCGGGUGCGGCUCCGGCUGCAAGUGCGGCUCCGGCUGCGGAGGGUGCAAGAUGUACCCGGACACGGCUGAGCAGGGCACCACCACCACCCAGACUGUCAUCAUGGGCGUUGCACCGACCAACAAGGGGCACGCCGAGGGCGGGUUCGAGGCCGGCGCCGGAGCCGAGAAUGGCUGCAAGUGCGGCGACAACUGCACCUGCAACCCCUGCACCUGCGGCAAGUGAGGAGCUCAUGGCCAUGGCCGGACCGGACGAGAUCUCGGAAGGACGAAGCUAGUAUAGCAGUGUUUGUGUAUUCGUCGUUCGUUUGUCUGAAAGUAUGUGUGGCAUGCACGCUUAAUAACAGUGUUGCGCGUGCUGCUAGUAGCUGGUACUGAAGGAGAACAAUAAUGAUGGUACUGAGAUGUCGCCGUCGUGUCCUUCCCUCCCCGGCCGGGCACCUGUGGGGUGCUCUAGCAGUGUGUCGUUUGGUACUCUGAUCUGUGGCAGGCAGGCCAUGCUCUGAUCUGUGGUGAAUGUGUGUGGCCUGCUUGAUGUCCCUGGUGUUGUAACCAUCCAUCUAUAUCUAUCUACAUCCAUCUUGUGUGCUCGA